AUGCCAGCAUGCUGGAAGCCGACAGUAGUGGUCCUGUUGGCCCUGGUAAUUUUCCAAGUUGUUCUAGGAGAUUUCUCGGGGAUUCCUUCUAACCAGCAUCCGCCUAAUCCACUUGUCAAUUCAAAAGAUGGCAUAGAAUAUUCGGAUCUCUCGAUUGCAUUGAUCAAUGAUCUAAUUUUGAUAGCUCAGAUAUUUGUCACAUGUGUUCCUACUGGGGCAUUGGCUCCUAUGGCUCCCAAUUUCGUUAGGAUUUCCUGCAUGUUCAACCUUUUGAGUGCACUUUCACUGCUGUCCCUGAGCAUCCUGAUCGGUUGGGAUAGGCUUGAUGAGAGUCGGAUGUUUAAAGUUCAAGUUCGCAGAGCGUUUGAGAGAUGGGCUCAAGGUCAUACCCGUAUAUCUGAGCGUGGUUUUAUAUUUGAUGAGACUGCAGCGAACCAGGUGAGACAGUUUUGUAAUUGGCUAGAUUUGCAUUUCGAUAUGUAUGUGAAACCUGGUACACAGCGACUGUUAUGUGCAGCGUUUGGGAUGGGGCGAGCCACUGUGUUUCAACACCGUGGUUUCAGUCACGAAGUCUGUGUUACUAAGGAGGGUCUUAGACGGUUGGGAGAGAACCGACUCUCGAGGCUUCCUCUUGAAACACUCAAGAAAGUAGCCAAGUACCUGGUUCGUGGGGGAUUGCUUAAAAUGGCGAAUAAUCCGCCAUUGUUCCUCGCAAAUGCUGUUCAGACUUACGGUGCUUUUACUGGGGAAGUGCAGCAGAGAACUCACCAGAUGGUUACAAUCAUGAACCAGGAAAACUGGGAUGGUCGAGCUCUGGGAUUCACCAUCGAGGAAGGUCAGAAUCUGCUCUUGACUUUUAAAUACAGCGUUAAUAAAUUGUCAUAG